CGGCCGCGGGGACCCCCCAAACCCCUCCCGCCCCAACCCCCUUGUCCCCCCCUCGUUCCCGGGGCAGAUCCGCUUCAUCCUGAUCCAGAACCGGGCGGGGAAGACCCGCCUGGCCAAGUGGUACAUGCAGUUCGACGACGACGAGAAGCAGAAGCUCAUCGAGGAGGUGCACGCCGUGGUCACCGUGCGCGACGCCAAGCACACCAACUUCGUGGAGGUGCCGCCCCCGAACGCUCCUUUUGCCACCCAAAAAUCACCCCAUCCCCCUUUUUCUUCUCUCCCGGUCUUGGGAUGAGCUCCCAGUGUAUCCCAGUGCAUCCCAGU